AUGCACUCCUGCGAGGUAAUCCAUCGUUAUAAGAAGUUACUCAACUCUGCUAAUAUGGAGGAUGGAACAAAAGGUACAUCAAGUGGCGCCAUCCAUGGGACUCCGCUACAAAUGGCCGCCAUAAACACCUUAGCGGCUAAUGCAAGUACCGUUACGAGAAUGCAGAACCUGGAAGGUCCUGGAGAAACACCGCAUAUCACUACAGUAGAAACACCGCAUGUUACUACGAUGGUAAGACACCAAGACGCAACAAUGGAGGUGUAG